GAUCUAUUUCCCCGGCACCCCGGACGUCUUACAAGGCGGAACGUUUGGCGUCGGGUUUUAUUUUCCGGGGGACCACAGAGCCGAUCAUGGCGACUCUCGGCGGCAGUCGUGGGGAUCGUCUCGGCAACACCGAUCAACAAAAGCCUUCUUUUGCGUCUCCGGAGAAAGUUCGCGAACUCCUCAGUGCAGGAGUGUCCUCUGCAGAAGUCGGACCCGUCAGUGAACAAGGAAAUCUCAACGUCCUGGAAGUAAAAAGCAACACUCAAGCAUCUUGUGAGGCAACGAACAAAGAGGCUUUUUUUUCCAGAGUGGAAUCCUACUCAUGUUUGAAAUGGGCAGGAAAGCCCCGCGCACUGUCCCCUCUGAUGUGUGCCAGAUACGGCUGGAUCAACAUCGGCUGUGAUAUGCUGAAGUGCUCCAGCUGCUACGUUUUUCUUUGCGCAUCACUACAACCGACCUUAGACUUUAAAAAAUAUGGGUCCCGUGUUGCAGAGAUUUCAAGGCAGCUUCAGACGCAGCAUGAGAAAUUCUGCCCCUGGCCUGACUUUCCAUGCCCGGAGCGGUUCUGGCUGGUUCCAGCCAGCGAACCGUCAGCCCUGCUCACUGCCUUCUUAGAGCGCUUCCAGAGCACCUGUCUCCUUGCACAGCAGUUGCCUGCCAUGAAGCCGGAGCAGCUGAAGUCUAUGUCCUUGACUGAGGACGUUAUCAGUGUUGUACUGCAGCUGAUCGAGGACGAACAAAAAAGAAAAGGAGGCUCUCCAUGUUCUGAAUCUUUGGCGGUCCAGGUGGCUGCAUGCAUUGUUUCUCUCUGUGGCUGGGCUGGAAGCCCAACGCUCCAAACAAUGAACCUGCCCAUCCUGACCUGCUCGUACUGUAUGCGCAAGGUGGGCUUGUGGAACUUCCACCAGAUGGAGGGAAUGGGGUCUGAUGGCGACACCUCACUGAGCGCUGUGGGCCCGCCUCUUCAAGCAACAUACCCCGCGCCGGCCUCCACGCCCGAAGGCCAGGCGGAGCAGCUGGCCUCUGCCUCCUCCACCCCCGCCACUCCAAGUCGCAUGAAGCUGAGGAGCCAGGACUCGUCCCGCUCUGAGCAGAGUGAGGGAACCUCCUCCCCUGUGUCUUUGCGAGCCCGAAGCAGAGACUCGCCAAGCCCCAGUGAAGAGCUGCAGAGUCCUUUGCCCAGAGGCAAACGGGCUGUGCCUCGCAGUAGAGGACAGGGGGACAUCUCUGGAUCUGAGGGAGCUGCCAGUCCGCAUAACCCUCCUAAACGCCUGUGCCUCUCAACAUCUGGCGGCCCUGAUGGGCUCCUGCACAAGAAUACAUUUGACCCCGUCGCUCAGCACAGAGACUGGUGUCCCUGGAUCUCUGUAGGGAAGGAGAACGUGGAUCCAGGGGCGAUCCCCUGUUUGGAUGGAGUCUCGCCGCUCCAUCAGCAGGGCUGGAAGGCUGCUCUCGACCUCCUCGUGCCCAUGAGGGUGAACUCCAAUACAGCCGACACUAGUCCGGGACAGGGCCCUCGUGAGAAGUCUAAAAGAGUGUUUGCUAUAUUCCGACAGUGGCAGGGAUCCGCCUCUCCGUCUCAGUAGACCAUCCAAACGGCAUCACGACGCUGAAUUGAUGAACUGACCUGCCCUCUUCUUUGGCAGUGUACGGUCGGUAGUACCAGUGACAGGAAUGUCAUAUCACAUCAUAUCAACGUAUGCCAUCCUCCUAAAGUUGUGUUUAAAGUGUCUCUGGAGGAAAAGAAAGUUGAUUGUGUCUUUUGGCAUAUGACUGCGUGUCAUCUCUAUGAACAGUGACAUAUGUGAAGGAUGCCAGUGGGGCGUUACAACCUUUUUGAAUGGUAAUGAAAAAUGGGAUGAGUGGAUAUUGGAGCCUCUAGUGGCCUUCUAUCACAUCUGUGCAUAAGAAGUCAUCAAGUAAUAGGACACAUCUCAACGUAUAGAUUGGCAACAAAAGAGGCGUUUACAUGGGAGUCUGCUUCUGCAGGUCGUCGUGACAUCAGGAUAGCCUGGAUUUUUCUAGCAUGCAAGAGGCCAUAAAUCUUAAUAUUGCGAGAACGGGCCCGGCAUGACACUGGAAAGGCAAUGUUUACCUUCAAUGUAUGUUGAGUCAACUGAGAGAUUUAUCAAUGUUUAACCUCCGAUGAGCAUAAACAAACUGUGAGGAAUCGUUUUUGUGUACCAUUGUACGUGAAAGGUAAUGUGGAUAUGAGUUCUCUUUUGAAAAGAACAAUCCCUUUUCUAGUAGGGAAAUGUUUAUUUUCUCUUACGAUACAUUACAGAAAUCUUUAAUGUCUGCAAAACUCACUCCUGAUUACUGCAGGCAAGUAGAACCGUGUGACAUAAACUUCAACCAUGUUUUUAAAUUAGAUUACAGAUUCCUGUACUUUUUUGCCUUUUGUGUGCAUCUCAUAACGCAGUCCUUUCUAUCUUGCAUGUGAUUUUAUCUUCAUGGAGUUUCCUAAAAGCGUUUAAUAAAAUGCUCUUCUGUAAGUUUG